AUGCGCCGCCCUGUGUCCCUCGGUAAACGUCCGCCGCCGUCAUCUUUUCAGCUUCCCGGCGGCGAUGGCGGCCUAGCUCUACACCCUUUCAACAUCUCAAUCAAAACCCGACUAAAUUUAAGAAGAAAAAUGGUGGAAUCAUCGUCUUCUACAAAAUUACCUCCAUGGCUUGAAUCUUUACUCUCAGAAACGUACUUCAUUCCUUGCAUGAUUCACGAAGACGCAAAAAAGAACGAGAAAAAUAUAUUUUGUCUCGAUUGCUGCGAAGCUAUUUGCCAUCACUGUCUCGAUCUUCACACCUCUCAUCGUCUUUUACAGAUACGGAGAUAUGUGUAUCAUGAUGUUAUACGAGUCGGAGAUGCUGAGAAAUUAAUGGAUUGUUCUUAUGUUCAAGCGUACAUAACAAACAGUGCUAAAGUUGUGUUCUUGAAUCCAAGGCCACAAACAAGAUCUUGUAGAGGAACAAGCAACAAUUGCGUUAGUUGUGAUAGAGGCUUGCAAGAACCACAUCUUUUCUGCUCGAUUUCCUGCAAGAUCAAUCAGAUUCUGAGAAGUGAAGGGAUGAUGUCGGAGUAUCUAUACGACUGUAAAGUUUUGACGCUGCCGGAGCUGGGUUCCGACGACUGUUUCAUGACGCCGGACUCGUUUCUUGAACCUUUUGUUUCUCUGAGGACGUCGUCAGGUUCAAGCGUCAGCUACGGCGGAGUUGAUAGCCUGACAAUUGCUUGCACCGCCACCACAGAGGUCGUGAGGAAAAAGAGAACUUCAAAGUCGGCAAUUCCGGCGGUGGCGCGUAAGCCGGUUACUCCGCCAGCGAUGGAGGUCACCACGAACCGCCGGAAAGGUAUGCCGUGUCGGUCGCCGUUUAAUUGAUGGUUCCGUACGGUCGGGUACGAGUGGGGAGGGUGUAGAAGAAUGGUGGAGGUGCACGAGUCAAAUUUGAAAAUUUGUAUUUUACAAAAAGGUCCUUUGAGAAUGAUGGAUAAUAACAUUAGCACCUCCAAGUUUUGUUUAUUACUCUUACACCCUUGUCACUAUUUAGAUUGUCGUUUUAACGUGUGUUUAAACUUUAAACAUUUAGUUUGUUCAUUGAUACCAUCUAAAGUUGAG